ACAUACCCGGAAGUAGGAAGCACAGAGAGUGAGCUUAAUUCCACAUUGUUCAGGGAUUGUGCUACCAAGGUUCUUCUAAUCUCCAUGAGCAGAGAGGAGGCAUUCUCCCUGCUGCCAGCACAGUCAGAUCGUUUAUACUGUCUGAGUUAAUACUCUCAUAGUCCCAUAGCCUGGGACUGCCUGUUAAAGGGGACCCUGAAACGCUCCAGUAUCCUCAGAAUGGCUCUGGGAGGGGUUGGAGAUGGGGACCCGGACAAGGCAGGACGGGAGCCCUUCCUGGUGAAAGCAUUGAAGAUUGCAAUGGUGGUGGCCCUUUACUGGUUCAUCUCAAUCACCAUGGUGUUUCUUAACAAGUAUCUGCUGGACAGCCCUUCCCUGAAUCUCAAGGCUCCCCUGUUUGUCACCUUCUACCAGUGCCUGGUCACAGUGGCCCUGUGCAAGGGGCUGAGCCUCUUCUCCCAUGUCAUACCAUCAAAUGUCGUGGAAUUUCCUUCUGUGCGUUUUGAUCUCAAGGUUUUAAGGAGCAUCUUGCCACUCUCCUUGGUUUUUAUUGGUAUGAUCACCUUUAACAACCUGUGCCUCAUGUACCUUGGAGUAGCCUUUUACACAGUGGGCAGAUGCCUAAGUACAGUCUUCAAUGUGCUGCUGUCCUACUUGCUGCUUAAGCAAACUACAUCGUUGUAUGCACUGCUGUCCUGUGGAGUCAUCCUAGGUGGUUUUUGCCUGGGUAUUGACCAGGAAGGACAAGGAGGUAAACUGUCCUGGGUUGGAAUAUUCUUUGGGGUACUGGCCAGCGCAUGUGUUUCUCUUAAUGCUAUUUAUACCAAAAAGGUCCUUCCAGCGGUCGAUGGCAGCAUCUGGCGUCUGACGUUUUACAAUAAUGUAAAUGCCUGCUUUUUGUUUCUUCCCCUACUGGUUAUAUUUGGAGACAUUGGUAAAUUGAUAACCUUCGACAAGCUAACGGAUUUGUAUUUUUGGUCUAUGAUGACUCUAGGAGGGCUCUUUGGCUUUGCUAUAGGCUAUGUCACUGGCCUUCAAAUUAAAUUCACCAGUCCUUUGACACACAAUAUUUCUGGGACAGCCAAGGCCUGCGCCCAAACAGUACUGGCUGUGUUUUUCUCCGAACAGAGUAAGAGUUUCUUGUGGUGGACCAGCAAUAUCAUGGUAUUAAGCGGUUCUUUCUGUUACACUUGGGUAAAGGGUUUAGAGAUGAAGAAAACACAGGAACAACCGGCAAUUACCACAAAUGAAGAGGAGAAAAAUGUUUUAAAAGUGUGACAGCACUUUAAAUCCCACUAGUAACUAUUAUGAGGAAACUAACACACCACAACUAGACCUCAGAAAAUCUUUACGUUAGAAUGAAACGGCCUCGUAUGAUGUGCUCCAAAUUAAAUUGAACUCCAGGUGGCAUUGAAGUUUCAGAAUUUUUUUUUUCGGUAUAUCAGCCAAGCAGCCAUUGCGUAUGGACACUUUGCUGUUUGAGUGCCUCUACAACUUCACAACCAUUCCCGUAAUUUAUAUAAACCUUGACAGGCUGGACUAAUUGUAUUUAAGGAAGAAAAACCGAAAAGCAAUCAUGUCUACCAUAUACAUACUGUGAUGUAUGUACACCCAGUAGUACCAUUUGUGUCUUCUACCUUUUGACUCUGAACUGUUGUGGUCUAGAAAACUGAUACUGGUUCAUUGGCUUACAGAGGCCACAAAAAAGAGACUUGAUAGCAUUCAAUGAUAUCCUUAUUAAUGUGUAAGUAAGGGAAAGUUGUCAUGCCUAGUUUAGGACAAUCUGAAGACGUGAAGGACAGAAAAUAACUUUGUAUACUGUUAUAAAUAAACCAAUAUGAGCUCCAA